AAUGCGAAAUGAUAUGACUAUAAUCUAAAGUCCUAAAUGCUCAGAUGAUAUAACUCGUUCACAGUUUAAUUAUUUGUUGAAGAAUUUGCUCUGAUUUACACCUGUUGUUGUAAAAACUGCUGUAGCUCAUGUGAGGAUCACCAUGACUAUUGUGAAAACAGUUUCUGGGAUUUACACACCAUUGUUGCAAUUCAUAAUGACACAGCAGUGGCUUUCACUUGACCCUCCCAUUCCCCAUUUGCCCGACACAUACGCCUGCGAGCUUCCUGGUUAUGGCAAUAUUAAUCCAGCUAACCCAGACGCGAGCUCUUAGCUUCUUCGUCCUCCCAAAGCAGCUUUUGUCCUCUUUUCGCAGACACAGAGUGAUCCGCCGCAGCAUGGCCUCAGACCAGACGGCAGCAGACACGAUCCAGUUUGACUUUCUGGUGAUCGGUGGCGGGUCUGGAGGUCUAGCCGGUGCUCGGAGGGCGGCAGAGCUGGGAGCAACGACCGCCGUGAUCGAGAGUCACAAACUCGGAGGUACCUGCGUCAAUGUUGGCUGCGUCCCAAAAAAGGUUAUGUGGAAUGCAGCCGUUCAUGCUGAGUACCUCCAUGAUCACAGCGACUACGGCUUUGAGGUUGAUAACAUUCGUUUCAGUUGGGAAACUCUAAAGGCCAAAAGGGAUAUUUACGUUAGUCACCUAAAUCACAUUUAUCGCAACAAUCUUGACAAGGCUAAAAUCCAAACUAUUCUAGGCCAUGCCAGGUUUACAAGUGGUCCUCAGCCUACUGUCGAGGUCAAUGGAAAAAAAUACACAGCGCCUCACAUCCUCAUUGCCACUGGAGGGCAGCCUACUGUCUUGAGUGAGAAUGAAGUUCCAGGGGCCAAUCUGGGCAUCACCAGCGAUGGCUUUUUUGAGCUUGAAAGCCUUCCGAAGCGCAGCGUCAUUGUGGGUGCUGGUUACAUUGCAGUGGAGAUGGCAGGCAUCCUUUCCACCCUGGGAUCAAAAACAUCCCUCAUAAUUCGACAGACCGGAGUGUUGAGGAACUUUGAUAGCUUCGUAAGCGCAAACUGCACCAAAGAACUGCAAAACUCUGGUGUAGACUUGUGGAGAAACUCUCACGUGAAGUCUGUGUCUAAAACAGACAAAGGUCUGCUGGUGACACUCGCUACCAAAGAUCCAGAGAAGAAAAAUGAGGAGGAGAAGAUCAGUACGAUUGAGGAAGUGGACUGUCUUCUCUGGGCCAUCGGCAGACAGCCCAACACUUCUGGACUGAACAUCGGCGAGAUGGGUGUGACUACAGAUGACAGAGGCCACAUUGUGGUGGAUGAGUUCCAAAACACCAGUCGACAAGGAAUCUACGCGGUCGGAGAUGUUUGUGGCAAAGCCCUCCUCACACCUGUUGCCAUUGCUGCAGGCAGAAAGCUGGCACACAGACUAUUUGAGGGCAAGAAGGAUUCCAAGUUGGACUACUCAUCUAUUCCCACAGUGGUGUUCAGCCACCCACCCAUUGGUACGGUGGGCCUCACAGAAGAGGAGGCCAUCAAAUCUAGGGGAAAGGAGAACGUGAAAAUCUACAAGACUUCUUUCACUCCGAUGUAUCACGCCAUCACGACCAGGAAGAGUCUGUGCAUCAUGAAGCUGGUGUGUGUGGGCAAGGAGGAGACGGUGGUGGGCCUGCACAUGCAGGGCCUGGGCUGUGAUGAGAUGCUGCAGGGCUUCGCUGUGGCCAUCAAGAUGGGUGCAACCAAAUCACACUUUGAUAAGACUAUUGCCAUUCACCCCACCUCAUCUGAGGAGUUUGUCACCAUGCGUUAAUGCGAACGCAAACACCCACCUUGCUUCCCUAUAUGAACAGCAUACCAGGACAGAGUCACCACUGCAUACUACUCUCGCAUCAGCUUGACGACUUGCUUUAUAAAACUUACCUACAUGCUUCCAUUUUCUCUCAUUUAAGUGACCUUAUUUGUGCACAGUGUUUAAUCUGAAUGGACCAAGACCGAGUUAUGGCCUUCUUAAACUGUACUGUGGGUCUUGAUUAUUGAUUGAUUAUUCUGGAUUCCAUUUUAAUGAUUGUGAAAUGGAGGUGAUGGAUCUGCAGGUAUUGAUGUCAAGUGAUUGCAUUAGAAGUCAAAAGACCUCUCUCCUAGUGUAUGUGUUUGAUUUGUCAGUCAUUUGUCAGAUGAAUAUUACAAACACUGCUGCUCCUUACGGCACCUAUAUACUACCAAUGCAAGGUCAUAACAUAUCUACUGUACUGUUAUAAAGAAUCAAUAAACCUGCUGGUUUUUUCAUAA